UGUUAAGAUAUCUUUAUGGACCCUUAUGGAAGCGUUUAUUGCUGUGAUUUGUGACUAACAAUAAAUUGAUAAUAACAACAAUUAAAUAAAGAUUAAAAAGAUUUUUAAUUAUGGGCUGUACUAUAUGGUCCCCGUCUACCUGGAAACGAUGAUAAAGUUUAUGAGCCUGGAACUAGUGAUUUCAUCCUUAUUUGGAUUGCAUGGUUAUUUUGCUAUAAAUAUAGAAUAGUACAUAUGUCAUCAUCAUUAAAAAGAACAAACUCUGCAAGCUCUUUGCAGAAAUUAAAUUCGGGGAGAAAGAAUGGAAAUUUAUCUGCUAGGUCAACUAAAAGUCAGGAAAGUGAUGUUUCGGAUGUUUUACAAGUAGCAGGGAUUUCAAAUGUAAAGUCAAAGCCAGCUCAGUCAAAAGUAAAACCUGCCCUUAUUCCUAACAAAACAACACAAGUAUUGACACCUCAUAUUGUUGAUUCAUUUAGUUCCAGUCAUGCUCUAGAGUUAAAGAAACAAAAAGAUAUAAAUGAAGCUGCUGAGAAAAUUCGUAGAGAGAAAUGGAUCAAAGAAAAAACACAAGAAAUUAAAGAGCUAACUGUUAAAGGUUUGGAACCAGAAAUUCAACGACUAAUCACAAAGCACAAAGCUGAAAUAAAAGCAAUUAAAAAUGCUAACCAGACAGGUGUUAUGAAUGCUGAUGAACGAGUGGCUCAAAAAUAUAUGCAGCAGUUGGAUGAUUUAAGGGCACAAUAUGAAAUAGAUAAGGAGACUGCAGUUCGAAAAGAAAGGGAAAACUGCAGAGAGCAACUUGAACAACAAAUUCAAGAGAAAGAAAACUCAUUUCAACAACAACGUCGACGCUUGUAUUCUGAAAUAGAAGAAGAAAAGCAGCGAGUUAGUAACCUGCUUCAAACAGCAAAAAAAGAAUUUGAUGAGAGAAGAACUGAAUAUGAAAACACAUCCAAGCAAAUAUUGGCAUCUUUACAAGAGGAUUUAAAAAAGCAACUUCAUGAAAUGCAAGAAAACUGCCAAAAUGAGAUGCGCAAUUAUAAAGAGCAAUUAGAAAUUGAAAAACAACAAUAGAUUGAAAAUUUUAUGAAAAAGCAAGAGACCCACCUUCUGUCAAAAGAACGAGAAUUAAAAGAUAAAGUAAAGGUGGCGAGAGAUCAAGAAAUUGAGAUGGUCAUUGAUAAGUUAGAAAGAGAAACUGCACAAAGCAGAGAAGAUGCUGAACGUGCUGCUGAAAACAGAAUCAAACGAAUUCGUGAUAAAUACAUAAAUGAGAUAAAAGAUUAUGAGCAAUCAGAGCGAGCACUUCAGGAUAAAUGUAAUAGUUUGAAAGAACAAAUUGAAAAACUUGAAAAUGAUCUCAUUCAGUUGAAAAGCAGUUUGAAGCACAAAGAUCAAGAAGUAAUUGAUGUCAAAAAAAUUACUGAUCGGUUACAAGAA